ACAUCAGCUGCAUAAGAAGAUAGAGAGAGAGAGGUGAAGCUCAACUUGAGUGGAUCUUAAAGACGUUUAAGCAUGCUUAAAUGUUGACUUGCUAGGAAAGAAUUAGUCAUGGCUGUUUAAAUAUCCGUGAAUUAACGAAACGGGCAUUGUUCCAUAGGAAAAAGCUUAGCAGUCGACGGGGUGCAACCGGGGACACCGUGCUUUCCCCGUAUGGUUCCUAUGUAAAAAAGCAAUAUGUCUUUUAAGGCUUAUCGUCACCAGGCAACUGUAUGUUCAGUAAAUAAUUUCAACCGAGGAUAAAUCGUAGCAGGACGCAGAUCGUCACGGGUUGCUUUAAUAAUAUAUCUUGAACGAACGAGUGCGCGGAGACAGCUGGGACCGGCGCUCGCGCACACAUGCACGCGCGACUCACACGCGAUCCGCUCGCUGGAAAUGAAGAGGACCUCAUCCCGGGUCUGACCAAAUCCGGCCGAUUUCCCACGGUCCCGGCCAUCCGUGUCGCUUUGUUUUGGAGGUGAAGGUUUUAUGGUGCACGUGCAAAAAUGAUCCAACCAACGGCACACGCGACCACAGAACCGGACAAGAGCUGCAGUAUAUCAAAAAAGAGCAUGAUUACCAAAAUAUUUAAAGUUCGCAAACGGAGAGAGAUGCUUUUCGUGCAGGUGUGUUUCAUUUGCAGCGUCCUGUGCGUGGCGUGGUGCAUGUCGGCGCUGCUCACAAAAACAGGUCAUGGGCUGGUGCUGGAGGAAGAGUUUGCUGAACCCAGAGAUUUCUUGGGCCGAAAGCUUCUGGCCGCAGCGGGAGACAAUGAGACUGAGGAGAAGAACUGCACAGAGCCAGCCAUCCAUGAGUUUCCUGAGGAUGUAUUCACAAACAAACAGCGUACGCAAGGAGCUGUAGUGCUGCACAUAUUUGGGGCUCUAUACAUGUUUCUGGCUCUUGCUAUUGUGUGUGAUGACUACUUUGUGAUGUCUCUUGAGAAGCUCUGUGAGAAGAUGGAUCUGAGUGAAGAUGUAGCUGGCGCAACGUUCAUGGCAGCUGGAAGCUCCGCCCCUGAGCUGUUUGCUUCUGUAAUCGGCGUAUUUAUUACACAUGGAGAUGUAGGAGUGGGUACAAUAGUAGGCUCAGCGGUCUUCAAUAUCCUUUGCAUCAUCGGAGUGUGUGGGAUUUUCGCGGGACAGGUUGUUUUUCUCACCAAGUAUGCUGUGUUUCGAGACUCAAUCUACUACAUUUUUUCUGUGGUUGCCCUUAUUGCAUUUAUUUACGAUGGGAGGAUUGUGUGGUGGGAGAGUCUAAUACUGAUCGUCAUGUACGUUGGCUACAUCAUCAUCAUGAAGUUCAACAAUAGCUUACACAACUACUUCACGGGAACGGAGGACAAGUGCGUCGCCAAUGGUAACGCGGUCAUCAGCGAGAUGGAGGACGGUAAUGCAUGUUAUGAGCAGUUUUGGGAUGAUCCAUCUUGGCCGUUGCUCAGCUCAGUAAAGCCCAGUAGAAUAUACACUCGGGGCUCUGUGGUGAUGGUGGAUGAGUUGAUCAGUUCUAGCCCUCCACACUACCGGUUUCCUGAGGCCGGCCUCAGGGUCAUGAUCACAAAUCACUUUGGACCCAAGACACGUCUGCGCAUGGCUAGUCGCCUUAUCAUCAAUGAGCAACAGCGGCUGGUAAAGACCUCUAAUGGGGUGGACGGAGUGCUGGUGGUUGAUAAGAAAACCGACACCAUUGAAAAUGGCAAUGUGACGGAGGACAAACUCAGUGAGGAGCCUGAAAAUGAGAUCUCAUCUCCCUUCAGCCUGCCUGGAGGCGCUAUGGAUAAAGUGAAAUUUUUCAUCUCUUGGCCCAUUUUGAUACUGCUGUACUUCACAAUACCCAACUGUGCCAAGCCCCGAUGGGAGCGUUUGUUCAUGCUGUCCUUUUUCCUCUCCACGGUGUGGAUCGCCAUCUUCUCUUAUGUCAUGGUGUGGAUGGUCACAAUUGUCGGAUACACACUUGGAAUUCCAGAUGUUAUUAUGGGUAUUACUUUCCUGGCUGCCGGCACCAGCGUUCCUGACUGCAUAGCUAGUCUCAUUGUCGCACGGCAAGGCCUGGGGGACAUGGCUGUCUCGAACACGAUUGGCAGUAAUGUGUUUGAUAUUCUGGUUGGACUCGGACUUCCCUGGGGCAUCCAAACAAUGGCUGUCAACUAUGGCUCUGUGGUUCAGAUCAACAGCAGAGGAUUGGUUUACUCUGUUGUUCUUCUACUGGGCUCUGUGGCUUUAACUGUGUUAGGGAUCCAUGUGAACAGGUGGAGGUUGGACUUCAAGCUGGGUAUUUACGUGCUCGUGCUGUAUGCCAUCUUCCUUUGCUUUUCCAUCAUGAUCGAAUACAACGUCUUCACCUUUGUCAACCUCCCCAUGUGUCACGAUGAUCUAUAAACCAGAGGGUUUUCACUGGCUCGGAACCAAAAUACCUCUGGGUUGGACAUGCACCCAUUAAGCACCCUCCUAAAUCAGUUGCUCAAACAGUUUAAUAUACCUACAAAGUUUGCUACCGUUCACGAAAAACCCUCUGUCUUCUGCUGCAUGUUCUUACUACAAUGAUGGGGAGCUCUGGCUUUAGUUUAAAACUCUCUCCAUCAUUUCCAGGAAAUAAAAUUCUCCUUGGCAGCUCUCUUUAUAACUGGAUAAUGCUUUUUGGACUGUGCAAUCCUCAACUCUUCACUGGAUUAUUUAGAGCAGGGGAUUUAAAUUUACUACAAACCUACUGUACAAACAUCACUUACUCCAAAAAUGCUGCUCAUUCCCAUAUGCAUUAGCGAUUUACAUUCUCACAUUUCCGUCUUCCCUUAAACAUUAAGCACUUUAUAUAUGGCAUAAAACACCUAUCUAAUUCAUCAAACUCAUUAUUUUUUUCUCGACUUUGCAAAACUUGCAACAGAGUGACAUUUAAUGACCGCCCCUGGGCAUGAAGUUUUCCUCAGCUCGGUUCACACAAGAAACCAACUGUGUUGAAAAUAAGAAGAUUCUGUAUAAAUCACGCAGUGGGGAAGACAAGAUGUUAUGAAAUUCUGAUGAGCUGGACGUCGUGUACCGCCGAGACGCCCGUCGGCGAGGUCAACACACUGAGCUCUUAAUUCAUUAUAGGCACCAUGCAUAAACCAAUGAAUAUAACCAUCACGAAAGCACACAUCGGAAGCUGCUCCUCACCUCUUGUUCAGCCCAGCGCGGACAACCCUCAGGAGAGCUCUUUGCUUCUGAUGUGACGUGGAAGACGAGACUGACAACUGUGCUUUACUAUUACGCGCACAAUAUACCAUUGAUAUGACAAACAGGAAUCCUGGAUUUUGCAAAGUGCUACAAAUUGACAUGUUGUUUAUAUGUAAAUAUAAGAUCAGUGGUCCUAUUUGAACCAGUGCUUCCUUACAGAUGAUGGGAGGGGGGUGCGUUUAUGUGACCAAAGGUCGCUUUUUUAUUUACAAUGCACCUGAUCCUCCCCAUCUGGAUCUUUGUUACUGUUGCGUGUAAUGCAUGAUUUGACACAAAGAAGCCAUUUUUGCAGCAGGGCAUAAGCUUUGUGAGCUCACUGUCAGUGUUUCUAUAAGGGUGAAUCUUCCGAAAAUGUGUUCUGGUCACAAUCUGGUCUUUAAUUAUAAAAACAUGAAAUUAUAUAUUGCAUAAACAGAUUUAUAGGACUAAUAAGAUUUUGGCAUUGUGGCAUUAUUUUCAUGACAAGUAAGCACAUUUUCUGCUUUCAUUUUAUUUAUUUAUUUUAUUAUAGUUUUGUAAUUACCCAGUUUUGCGAUCUUUUAUUCAUUUUAGAUUAUCAUUGAAGUCACAUUACAGUAUUUAUGUCAUAAUUUUAAGAUGGUACUACAAAUACUAUGAGUUUUUAUUUUACAUAAUGAGAGUUUGAAAGGGAAAGUGCAUAAAUGUCAUGAAAUCACAAUGUAGAAAAGUCUUUAAUAUAAAUAAAUAUAAUUAAUAUCUAUAUUUAUUUGAGGCUGGAAUGUGACCUAGGCAUGUUUAUGACGGGUUUCGGGAGAUUCACCCAUACAGUAAAUGGCAGCUACCAGACCCCCAUUUGCCCUUCUGCGAGCGCUCGGGAGGUCUGAACUUGAGCAUCGGGGGUCUUUGUGUUUUGUCAGUCGUAGAAACUGUCGUUGUUAAGAGGUGCCGUCGCUGUUGUCUGUGCAGAAAGGCAGGUGUUGCAGUGUUUGAUGUAUGCAGUAUAUAUGAUAUAUGCAAUCUCAGCUGGUGAGGACUGAAUAUUGGGGAUUAUAUUUUCAUAGAUGAGUUUGUGAAAGCUGCUGCAAUCGCCCACCGCUGUCACAUGUGCAUGAAUAUUCUCAUCUAAUCUCAUAUCACAUUAUUCCCAUUCUGUGGAAUGUCGACUUAAGUUCGUGGUUAUGUACUGUGUGGAAUGAUGGUGAUGUGAUGUUUUCGUUUCUGCUUUCUGUGGUGUUUUCUAAGUGGUGACCUGUAAGACUACAUUAUUCUGCUGAAAUUGGUACACUGUAUGGAUGCUGCACUGUAGGCCUGUAUUUUUAGUUAAAAAGGCAGGGUUUUGAUUUGGUGUCAGUAAAUAAGUACCUACCUUGUUUUUCUAUUUGAUAUGUUGUUUCCUUCAUUGUUUGGAGGCGAGACAUGUCUUUUGACCAGUGCAAUGGACUGGAAUGUAUCCAUUAAGAAAUUAAUUUCAAUUGAUGCUGUAAAUGUUUCUCAGCAUUGCAUCCUUAACUUUAUUGCAGAUGAUUUGUGCCAUGCUUGAUGUAAAUGCUAUAAUACUAUCAUUAUAUUUAAAUCGAGAUGAGUAUUUUUUGGACAUUAAUUGUAUUUUGUAAACUGAUUUGAUUGUCAUUGAGUCACUUCAGAUGUGACCCGAGGUGGUAAAUAGCACUCUUGCAUCAGUCGUCUUUGUAUGCACAGACAGUCCAUUUGUGUGCCUCUUCAGAGGAAACAUUGAAAAGAACAUGUUGCAAAUGGCUGGUGUCUCUGCAUGAAUUUGCACACAUCAGGCAAUAUCUUUAUUUAUUAAACACACAUGCACUGAUACUUGCGCAACUGCUUCAUGAGUGACCCGCUGCACUGUGAGUGGAACAGCAUAUAGUAUACCAACUCCCAAACAACUUUUAUGGGUACAGAUUUAAUGACUUCAACAUAUGACGUUGGUGUGUAACUUGAAUGUAUUUGUCUUGCAAGCAAUGGAUGUAUCCAAUCAAUGCAUUUUACUGUAAAGCAAUAAUCUAAAAAUAAUAUGAACAAAAAUAUAUGAAUCAUACGAUAAUUGUAUGGAGAAAAAUAAUUAAAUUAUACAGUUUAUAAAUGUU